AUUUUUUUUUUUCACAGUUUUAAUAAAUUUAUUUAUUAGCAGCCAUUAAUCACCGCUAGAGAGAACUCUCUAUUUACGUCAGUUUCUCAUAACCCACAAUCACUGAAAAGCUUUGUUAUUAGAUUUUUCUCAGAGGGGGUGAAGAUUACCCGAAAUAAGGAGAAGAACAGAUAAACCAGAAAGCAAAGCAGCCAUGGCAACCACCAGAGUGCAGAGGAUUAUGACCCAACCCAUCAACUUGAUAUUUCGAUUCCUUCAAAGCAAAGCACGCAUUCAAAUUUGGCUAUUCGAGCAGAAGGAUCUGAGAAUUGAGGGCCGCAUCAUUGGAUUUGAUGAAUAUAUGAACCUUGUACUGGAUGAUGCUGAAGAGGUUUCUAUUAAGAAAAAGACACGCAAAGUAUUAGGACGCAUUCUUUUGAAGGGAGACAAUAUCACACUUAUGAUGAACACGGGGAAAUAAAUAGUAGCCGAGUCAUCCUGUGUAUUGUAAUCCAGAGAUUUGACUUGUCAAAUUGGUAAUCUACUAUGGAUUUUGUAGUUUUCUAUUCACAAUAUGUAUUAUUGAUUUGUUCAAUCAUUCCAAACAUGCAUUGGGGGCAGUUGUGAGAAUGUUUCUGUACUGAACAGUGCUAUUAUCAUGCGUGAAAUGUAUUUGAUUGAGGGGUUAUCGUCAGCACUUUAUGAAAUCUGAAGCUCUGAACAAGGCUUUAAUUUUUGCCAUGUACACUGUUCCGAAACAAAUUUAGUUGUCCUAUAUGUCUAGUUGUAAGUUUUAAAACACACAGGAUAAUGUGCACCAUUGAACAAAUUUACUGUUAUGUACACUGCUAUGAGUUGAUGGUUA